AGCAACAGCAUCAUCGAGAUCAGCUCCUCCACUGAUGCUGCUGGACGGGGAAGUGGCUCGUCUCCUUUUGGAGCUCGAAGACAUCGCUAGCCGCUUAAACGUCAACUGGCACUCUGCUUGGACAAUAAAAGGAAGAGUUCAUUUAUUUUACUAUCAUACUAAGACCAAUCUUUUUUUUUAAUCGAGUAAAUGGUGGGCCUUUACAUGUAAAACAAACUCAUCGCGCUCGGCGCCGCGAGCCUGAAUUAAACAAAGCAAACAGAGCGGCUGUUAGCAUACACAGUCUGGUGUCAGCUACAACGCCCCCAAAAGAUACCGUUAAAUAGCCCACGAAAACAGAAAAACAGGAGCAAGCAGCGUGUGACAAUCGUACCCCUGAUGACGAAAUGUGAUCGGUAAAUCCCUGAGGAAAGCAGUCGCUCCGGCUAGCGGUCUAGCUAGCGAUGUUUGAAAACUUCAGCCCGGAAGUGGAGAGACGCUAUUGUUUUGUUGUGGAGCAAUGCUGCCCCCUGUAGUCGAGGGGUGUGACUACACCAAGAGGCUGUUCGGGGGAGAAAAAAAAAGACUCAUCAUACAGUGAUCUGGAGAAGAAUGAAAGCUAGUAAAAGCAAGGCUGAACACGGGUGUGUGAAUGAGAGCAAGAGGACUUGUUGGCAAAUGAAUAUGUCAGUGGUACAGUUCCUGUGGAGACGAUUGGAGGUAAAACUUCGGGAGGGUUUGGAUCCUGGAGAGGAGAGACGGGCUAUAUGUCGGACGAAGAAUAAUGGAGGUGGAGAUACCAGGAAAAAGAGCUGCCAUUUCAUGUCAAAAUACGCUUGGUUACUUAUAUUUUAAUUAUAUAAAUUUAGAAAAUAAUUUGUUGGUGGAGCGCCCCUGAUUCUGAUGACAUCAUUUUAGUCGAUUUAAUAACCGUUUUAACUGACUAAGUUGCUGUAUUUCAUUGCCAAUUUAUCACUUGCUGGUUCCCGCAGCCCCACGUUCAUGUGCGUCUGCUGGUCGUGACGUCAGGACAGUAGAAGUCAGUGGACCUGCGCUGCGCACUUCCACCUCACUGCUCCGACUGGGAAACAGACCACCUCGUAGCCACAGAUCGACAUUUAGCUGUAGUGUGGCAAAUCUCUUCUGCGUUGUAGGAUGCCUCUUGGAGAGGAUGGAAAUGGAUGGAAGAAAAAGACUUCAGACAUCAAAGAACAUUAUGACUUCAAAGAAGUUCUGGGGACUGGCGCUUUCUCUGAGGUGGUUCUAGCUGAGGAGAAGAGGACGCAGAGGCUAGUGGCCAUCAAGUGCAUCCCCAAGAAGGCUUUGGAAGGCAAAGAGAACAAUAUUGAAAAUGAGAUUGCUGUAUUACACAGAAUCAAGCACACCAACAUCGUCUCACUGGAGGACAUCUUCGAAAGUACAUCGCAUCUUUAUCUUGUCAUGCAGCUAGUAUCUGGAGGAGAGCUUUUCGAUAGAAUAGUUGAAAAAGGCUUCUACACGGAAAGAGAUGCCAGCCAGCUCAUACACCAGAUCCUGGAUGCCGUCAAAUACCUUCAUGACAUGGGGAUUGUCCACAGAGAUCUAAAGCCAGAGAACCUGCUCUACUACAGCAUGGACGAAGACUCCAAGAUCAUGAUCAGUGACUUUGGACUGUCAAAGAUAGAAGGAGCAGGAAGCGUGAUGUCCACUGCUUGUGGCACGCCAGGAUAUGUUGCUCCGGAGGUGCUUGCUCAGAAGCCGUACAGCAAAGCUGUGGAUUGUUGGUCCAUAGGAGUGAUAUCUUAUAUUCUGUUAUGUGGCUACCCUCCCUUCUACGAUGAGAAUGAUGCCAAGUUGUUUGAGCAGAUUUUGAAAGCAGAGUAUGAAUUUGACUCUCCGUACUGGGAUGACAUCUCAGAUUCAGCCAAAGAUUUUAUCUGCCACCUGAUGGAGAAGGAUCCUUUCAAGAGGUUCACGUGUGAGCAGGCAUUGCAGCAUCCGUGGAUCUGUGGGGACACAGCGCUUGACAAGAACAUCCACGAAUCUGUCAGUGCUCAGAUCAAGAAGAACUUUGCCAAAAGCAAAUGGAAGCAAGCGUUCAAUGCCACAGCCGUCGUGCGGCACAUGCGCAGGCUACAGCUUGGCACGAGCGUGGAAGGGACCAGUCAGAUUACGCCAACCAGUCCCUGUCAUGGACUACUGCUGCCAGAGGAGGAGGAGGAGGAAGAGGAAGAUGAAGAGUUGGGGAACGGAGAGGAGGAAAGCUUGUCCCACUUUGAGGACGGCCGGCGCGGGAGCAACGAGGGCAGCGUGGAUCGGGACAGCCUGAGGAGUUGCACCUACUGCUGCAGGCCCGCAAGUCGUGUCUGAGGUUGCGGUUGGUUGGUCGCCAUGCCACCACCCCUCACAAAGAGAAGGCCCUCCUGCCCUCAAGCCUGCAGUCCCUGCCCGGUCUGGCUGGGAAUGCUGGGUAAUUAUCAGGCUUCCCACAGUCAUCCAAUCGACACAAAAACAUCAUUACCAGUCAGACUCUUAAAUACACAUUCGACACGACGCUCCCUUAUAUCUACCUCUACGGUGUCCAUCAUUCACCUCAGUCAAUAGCUCUGAUAGAUAUCUCCGAGGUUCUGGCCAGACAGGGCUCCAAAAGGGACAAAGUUCAGUGGAAGCUGGGCGGAAGUCCCACUGCAUGACCUCCACAGUUUAGGCCGUGGAAAUGGCUGCACCCCGUUGUUUGCCCGGUAGAGGUUUAGUAAAAGCAUAAUCCACCUCCGUCUCCAUUGCUAAGUGUUUACCCACAUAGUUAAAGCCUUUUUCAACGAUACUUGAACGCGAAGGGCGGGCGGAGGGGAGUUUGCCGGGAUUUGAACUCUAUGCUGGCCCAGACUGGGUUUGGGGUGAAUGAAGAGUCUGCAUGUUUGUGUUGGCAAAAACAAAACAAGAGAAAAAAAUGUAUGAAUAUCUGUUGUUAUAUGAGGCUCACGCUGAGAUCCCCGCACAUCAGGCACAGGCAGGUUCUGGAGUCCAUCAGGGGUGCAAAGUGCAGUGAAUGCCAAGGGUUUCAUUCACUUUUGAUUUUCCAACAGAAUCUGCUCCACCACUACUCUCUCUCCCCAGGACUUCAUAUUUGCUCAAAAACAUCUGAGUAAGUCACAGCAGGCAGAUGUCAUUGGCCAGAUGAGCAGUAGCCGCUAGAGUGAAGGGAAGCUUCCUCGGAGAGGUGACAUGUGGAGUAGAGCUGGGAGAUGGCUUAGGGUCAACCAUUUUCUGGUCACAUAAGAUGAGUCAAAAUGAGUUGACUGCUCAUAUGAAGAGGUUUAGGGAGGCCCAUUGGUUUGGACUCUUGGGUCUAAUGUUUGUGAAGGAGGUACUAAUGUUGCAGUACUUGAAGUCGGUCUUAGUCUGGACACCAGUCUCAGGACCAAUUUUUCCUGGUCAAGACCAGUUCCGUCCUUCAAAGAAGACAAGAGGGCUACAGUGGGUGCCGGUUUUUGUUCCUAGCUUAGGAGGAGGCGAGCCAAACAUCAAUAAGAUGAUAAGAUGUGUGAAGCCUGUUGUUGACAUGUGAUCCUGCACCCACUGCAGCUCAUAUGUGGAUCAGUUUGACACGCCUUAUAUUUCCUGUCUUGGUCUCGAUACUCCCCAGUCUUGGCCUUGGUUGCUGUGGUCUUGACCACAACACGAGGAGGUAGCGGGUAAAAGAUGAAGAGGAAGACAAUCAUUAGAUUUAUGGAUGUGAUAAAGCAGGCCACGAUGGGGAGAGGUGUGGGGAGGAUAGACUAAGGUGGAGGGGGUUAGUAAACAAACUGCAGAGUUAAUACAUUGUUGGAUUGAAUGGUUGACUUGUGUACCACUACCUUUACACCCCUGCUGCCCAUCAAAUAACAAGGUUGGUCGCACUCGCCGCGCCCUAACUGAUGUUGCCGCGGCACUCAGAGUGCGCUCUCUGCCUACUCUGUGCUGUGCACCUCUAGUGGAUGAAAAUAUUGGUCUACUGUUUGCAUGACCUGGUUAAAUAUGUUUACAUGAACGAUGAUCAAUUAAACACACAUGACUAUUAUUGUUACUUUGUUGUAUUGACAAUUAUGUAAUGCUGUAAUUUUGACAUAUAUAAUGUGAAGUGAGUAACACCAAAAGUAAUGUUGUUGACUAGGUACAACACAGCACAGUGGACGUCUCAUUUGCUCUUUGAAGGUGAAUUACGCCCGACGGACAUUUCCCCACGACGGUCCAACAGUCUCACUCUUUGGUGCAGUUUAAGAUGUACAUAGAGCAUUUAAUGUUUUACAACCAGAUGACACACGGAAAUGAGCUAAUUUCACGCGGGAACCAGCCACGGAACAAAGACCUAUCAAAAGGGAAAACACAAAUCUGGGUGCUGGAAACAUAAGUGUGUAGCCUUCAGUGCAUCGAGUCUCCAGUGUAAAUGCCGCCCGCCACUAAAGCCAUACGCUGAUCUGAGCAUGUUUGACCGUAGAUGUAGGAGUCAUCACGAUGUCUCAUAUCAGGUGGAGAAUGGCUGCAAUUCUGUCAUAAAUUUGAUGCUUAACUACAUACCCAUUUAGAUGAACAGCAACUGAUGCACACCACCUAUAGUCUCUGAGGGCGAUCAUCUGAAUUAUUUGUGGAAAAUAUGCAAAUUGUGUGUGAAGGGCUUCAUGUUCUCUGUAACAUAACCAAUGCUGACGACUUUGAUAAAUUGAUAUGUUUCCUCUUGGCUGUAAAAUCUGAUUUUACCCAUUACAAACACGUAUAAAAAACAUGAAGAAUCACAUGUAUAUAAUAUAUAUAUAUAUAUAUAAAUAUAAAUAUAAGUAUAUAUUGUAUAUCCUUUUUUUGUAAAGCUGUUUUGAGCUACAAAACGUAUGGAUGCAAUGCAUCGUGGGUAUUUGAACAAGCUGUAUGAAAUAUGAAGAUUUGUACACACAGAUAAUAGAAUGAAUGCAGACAAAUAAAAAAACAU